CCACUGCGACGAUGCUCCGGCUGCGCGGCGGUCUCCCCCGCCGAUCCGCCGCCCUCCUCGCCGGCCUCGCCCGCGAUGUGCCUCCCGCGCGCCCGCAGCCCCCCGCCGUGCUCCCCCUCCCCCGUCGCCUCCACCACGCCGCCGAUCACGGCCCGAAACCAGGUGGCCCUCUGACGCUAUACAGGGACCUAGUGAGCAAAGGGAGGCUCAGGCACGACCCGUACCAGGAAACCGUGGCGUCCGAGCUGGACACGCUGCUCCGGAAGCUCGAGCGGUACGAGAUGGAAAUGGAGGACUACCAUGCAAAGCUGUCCACGUGGGACAGCUCCAGGGAGAAGGAGCGGCGGAGGCUCCUCCUCGAGGAAGCCGAGGGCAAGCAGCAUGACGGGGUGUGGAUCGACGAGAAGAGGGGGUUUCUCGAUAAGUUGAUCUCGCGAAAAAGGAGAGCAAAUAUAGAACCUGGAGUUGGAAGAUGGGUGUCGUACUUGAACCGAGAGAAGAAACUAGAUACGCUGGUUGGCCAGAAACCAGUCGCACCUGUUGCUCCAAAAGGGUUAUACCUUUACGGGAAUGUUGGAAGUGGGAAGACAAUGUUGAUGGACAUGUUUUAUGGGGCCACUGAAGGUGUCAUCAAACACAGGAGGCGGUUUCACUUUCAUGAGGCUAUGCUUGAAAUAAAUGAUCAUAUGCAUGAUGUGUGGAAGAGACGUGAUGAUGACAAGUCUAUUCACUCGACUAGUUUUAGUUGGAUAUCAGGCCUCCCUUUCGACGCCAAAAUAAAGGAGUGGCUGAUCGGAGAAGAAAAGUACAAACAAGAUACACAGCAAAAGCAUAUCCUUUUAGCUGUUGCUGAUAAGUUCCUUGUUGAUAGACAAGCAAAUAAAUGUGGUGCAAGCAUUUUAUGCUUUGACGAGAUACAGACUAUUGAUGUAUUUGCUGUUGUCGCCCUGUCUGGUAUUCUGAACAGACUAUUAAGCACGGGAACUGUCCUUGUUGCUACCAGUAAUAAGGCACCAGAAGAUCUGAAUCAGGAUGGGAUGCAACGGGAAAUCUUCCUUGAGUUCCUAUCUAAGUUGGACGAGACCUGUAAUAAAAUUCUGGCUGGAACUGAAACAGAUUAUCGCCGCCUUAUUCCAACAGACGGCUCAACUCAGAUUCACUAUUUUUGGCCUAUUACAUCUGACACAAGGAGUAUGUAUGAGGCUAUGUGGCAUGACAUAACUAACCAGACAGGAGGAAACAUUACUGCAGUUACAAUUCCUGUAAUGUUUGGAAGAUCUCUUGAGAUUCCUCAAAGUUGUAGCGGUGUGGCAAGGUUUGAUUUCGAGUAUUUAUGUGGCCGCCCAGUCGGAGCUGCAGAUUACAUAGCUGUAGCCAAGAACUACCAUACAGUUUUCAUAACAGACCUUCCAGCAAUGAGUAUGAAGAUCCGUGACAAGGCAAGAAGAUUCAUCACCCUUAUUGAUGAGCUGUACAAUCAUCACUGCCGUCUUAUAUGCUUAGCUAUCUCAUCUAUUGAUGAUCUUUUUCAAGGAACUGAAGAAGGACCGCUUUUUGAUUUAGAGAGUUUCCAGUUUGAAACUGAAGCCGAAGGGACAAAGUUAAGGAGGGAUGUCUUUGCAGAAGGCAAGGUUGGUGUAGGGCCAUCUGCUAAAGGCCUUGUGUCAAUGCUGUCUGGUCAAGAAGAAAUGUUCGCGUUCCGGAGAGCGAUAUCUCGGCUCAUAGAAAUGCAGACCCCGUUGUAUCUCGAGCGUGUCCAGAAAUUCCGCUACUCUGCCCUUCAUCAACAACAAUGCACCCCUGUUCUUGCAAAAGAUAGGACUGUCUCUCAGCCUGCUCCCGUGUAGACUGUAGUAUCAUUCUAUUAACAAAGGUACGUAUACGGAAAACUGAUUUGCUAACAGUGCGCAAUAAGCUUGGACAAAGCGAUCGAACUUGAGAUUGGUGUGUACUUAAGCUGUACGUAACACAAGUGAUGUGAGCAAGACACGUGUCAUUGCAUCUGUAUAAAACUUCAUAGCUCUGCUGCCCAAUUAUGCUUCGUAGAUAUGAUUACUGAUGUUAUUUUGUGUGCUUUAUUUGAAACAUA